UCGGCGUCUCUCCUGCGCCCGGCAUAGCGACGGCAGGGGGCGCUGCGGAGUGCUCCGCGCCGUGAGGGCGGGGCCGGCGCGAUGCCCCGCCCCUUCGUUAGCUCAUUUUUGUGCGUCGCAGUCUCGCGGAGCCCGGCUUCCUACGUGCAUCCUGGCAGUGCGGUGAGCUGUCUGGCCUUUUGUCCCUGAUCCUUGGUUAAGAAAAUGACCAACCAGUACGGUAUUCUCUUCAAACAAGAGCAAGCCCAUGAUGAUGCCAUUUGGUCAGUUGCUUGGGGGACAAACAAGAAGGAAAACUCUGAGACAGUGGUCACAGGCUCCCUAGAUGACCUGGUGAAGGUCUGGAAAUGGCGUGAUGAGAGGCUGGACCUACAGUGGAGUCUGGAGGGACAUCAGCUGGGAGUGGUGUCUGUGGACAUCAGCCACACCCUGCCCAUUGCUGCAUCCAGCUCUCUUGAUGCUCAUAUUCGUCUUUGGGACUUGGAAAAUGGCAAACAGAUAAAGUCCAUAGAUGCAGGACCUGUGGAUGCCUGGACUUUGGCCUUUUCUCCUGAUUCCCAGUAUCUGGCCACAGGAACUCAUGUCGGGAAAGUGAACAUUUUUGGUGUGGAAAGUGGGAAAAAGGAAUAUUCUUUGGACACGAGAGGAAAAUUCAUUCUUAGUAUUGCAUAUAGUCCUGAUGGGAAAUACCUAGCCAGUGGAGCCAUAGAUGGAAUCAUCAAUAUUUUUGAUAUUGCAACUGGAAAACUUCUGCAUACCCUGGAAGGCCAUGCCAUGCCCAUUCGCUCCUUGACCUUUUCCCCGGACUCCCAGCUCCUUGUCACUGCUUCAGAUGAUGGCUACAUCAAGAUCUAUGAUGUACAACAUGCCAAUUUGGCUGGCACGCUGAGCGGCCAUGCCUCCUGGGUGCUGAACGUUGCAUUCUGUCCUGAUGACACUCACUUUGUUUCCAGUUCGUCUGACAAAAGUGUAAAAGUUUGGGAUGUUGGAACAAGGACUUGUGUUCACACCUUCUUUGAUCACCAGGAUCAGGUCUGGGGAGUAAAAUACAAUGGAAAUGGUUCAAAAAUUGUGUCUGUUGGAGAUGACCAGGAAAUUCACAUCUAUGAUUGUCCAAUUUAAACAUCAAAGUCUCCAGGCUUAUGCUGCAAAGAGAAUGUAUGGAUUGAUCAUGACAUUCCUUACCUUUUUAGGCUUGUUUAAAAGAAAUAUAGCAUUUAUUGUAGCAAAGACUUAAAUUUUGUAGAUACAAUAUAAAUCUUUUCAUGUUUUAUUGGAAAUGCUGUUCAUACUUUAACAUAAAGCUUUCUUAAUGCAAA